CUAUAAGAUAAAAGUCUGUUCUCAGCUACCAUUCUGGGAUUAUUUAUCGUGCUUGUUGUGCAGUUUUUUUUUUUUUGAGACAGGAAUGAAACGCAACUGUGCCGGCAACUGAGAGCCGGUCCAGCGAUACCGGAUACGGCAUGGUCACCGGGUUACAGUGCUCGCAGCCAGGCUUGCUGAGUUUAUUUUAGAAGAGUUGUCUAGGCGACAGGGAGAAAUAUUGUGACAGUGAUUUGUUUCCUGACUUUCGGCGUGUUUUGUAAAAGCUGGCAGUGGGAUUUUAAUGUGCCGCUGGGUAGUUCCAUCAGCAGAUUGCGUCUUAGCUGUCCUGACUUGGAAUAAGCUGAAUCUGACUUGAUAUCUACAGAAAAGUGCCCAAAGACCUGACACAACCAACAUACACGGGAGCUUUCAUCUCCAUCUGCUGCUGUCUGUUCAUGCUCUUCCUCUUCCUGUCCGAGCUCACGGGAUUCAUCGCCACGGAGAUAGUCAAUGAGCUCUAUGUGGAUGAUCCUGAUAAAGACAGUGGAGGGAAGAUAGAUGUGAGUUUAAACAUCAGUUUGCCAAACUUGAACUGUGAUCUGGUGGGGCUGGACAUCCAGGAUGAGAUGGGCCGCCACGAGGUGGGCCACAUUGACAACUCCAUGAAGGUGCCCUUGAACAACGGAUACGGCUGUCGCUUUGAGGGGAAGUUCAGCAUCAACAAAGUGCCAGGCAACUUCCACGUGUCAACGCACAGCGCCACAGCCCAGCCCCAGAACCCUGAUAUGACUCACACAAUCCACAAGCUCUCCUUCGGGGAGAACCUUCAGGAUGUCCAGGGGGCCUUCAAUGCAUUAGGAGGUGCCAGCAGACUUGAAUCAAAUCCCUUGGCUUCUCAUGACUACAUAUUAAAGAUAGUGCCCACAGUGUAUGAGGACAUGAGGGGGAGGCAAAGGUUCUCCUACCAGUACACAGUGGCCAACAAGGAAUACGUGGCCUAUAGCCACACGGGACGAAUCAUCCCGGCGAUCUGGUUCCGCUACGAUCUGAGCCCCAUCACCGUUAAGUACACGGAGAGGAGGCAGCCCUUGUAUCGCUUCAUUACCACGAUUUGCGCCAUCAUUGGUGGGACGUUCACAGUGGCCGGCAUUAUCGACUCCUGCAUUUUCACAGCCUCCGAGGCCUGGAAGAAGAUUCAGUUGGGGAAAAUGUCAUGAACAGGUUGGCAGGCGGCGCCCUUGAGCUCAAGAGUUUGCUCCUAUUUGCAUCAAUGGGACCUCAUCAGAAAACGUCCAAUGUUAUUUUUUUUUAAAACCUUUGCGAUGGGGGUGGGGGAAUUUUUCUAUUCUUUCUUUUCUGUUCUGACUUGGAUUCUAAGUGUCGGAUUCCGCCUCGAUCCCCCACCCUUCAUUUUGAGUGUGUUUGUGUACAUGUGAAUUGUCUCUAUUUGCUAAAGAAAAUCAACAUUCUAACUUGUGAUCUAGGCACAGAGAGCAGUGGAGUCUCGGAGCCCCUCCCUACAUGUCCAUAUACACUCCAUACCCAGCCUACCACGCUCGGUCUCCUUCACACAGACACUCUUGUUGCCUGUGCUGUAACUACUUGAAUAAUGAGUCUGCAAAGAAUAGUCUCUCUCACCACAGUUGAUCUCUGUGCCUUAAAAAAAAUGCAAAUAUGAGGCUUGUUCCAUAAGAGCACAUCAAAUUGAUGUUAUAAGUGAAGGUAAAGAACCUAAACCUAACCCUGCUUGGUCAAAGGUGGUUGAGGUGGUUUGCUUUUAUUAAUCUUUCACAGAAAGAUUCAGUCUUUUUAGUGAUGUACUUGUAAUCUUUGUGUCAAAAGGCAGGAUAAGUUGAGUUGACCCUACCUGUGGCAAUCAUCACCUUUCUCAACAAUCUCUCACUAUCUGGAAAAAUGAUAUUUAAUAAGUUGUCUCAUGGUUCUCUUGCUUGAUGUGAUUGUAUGGGUGGUUUCCCGUUCCUUAAAAAGUGGACUUCCGGAGGCAGAUAAAAUUGGAUUCUAUAUCAUCUGUUAGUUUUGGACUCUUUAACCUGUUUUUGUUGUAAAUUUUCAGAGAUGCCAAUUUUUUGUUUAAAUUUUUUGGAGUUGCGUACUCUACUUAUUCCUGCUCGUUAAUUUGAAUGUCUUUUGCCGUAAACUUUAGGUACCUGUCACUGUUGUGAGCAGCUUAUUUGUUGCACCGUUGUGGUCUGGUUGGCAAGGCCUGGGUGACAUGAUUAUUCAGUUAGAAACUGAGUGGAGUUUCACUUGCAGUAUUGGAGAGUUGUGGGGGGAUUUCAGAAACAUCUAAAACCGCAUGCUGGGUUCAGCCUUUCCGCCGUAAAAUCUGUGUAUAGCCCAUGUUUCUAUGGGUAAUAGGAAAACUGAUACUGAUGAAUGCAUUCCUGUCACUGAUGUUCCUGUCAACAUUUUUAUGUUUUAUAAUAAACUAUUUAAAAAUAUAUGAAUGUCCUUUUGUAUGAUGUUUUAUUUUUAUCAUGUGUGUUUUUCACGUCUUGUUUGUUUUCUCUCAAGUCGAAUGUGUGGAAUAUGGGGGCAUGUCCUCCUAAAUACCAUGUAUGUGUUUUGACACCUUUUCGAGGUCAGCUGAAGCCAGUGAAAAUGUGACUGAAUGUAAACAUGAUCAUCUUUUCCUGUAGCCAACAUCUGUCGGUUUUGCAUUUAAUGUACUUCUCUAAAAAGCAUACCUGUUUGGAAACUCAUCCGCCGAGUGUGCAGCCCCCUUAUUUCAUAAAUAAAACUCUCUUGCAGCAGCUAA